CCAGAUCUCCGGGCUUCAGAGGACGAGCGGAAACGCCUCCAGUUUUCAAAACAAAGAGGAGAAGCGGGAGGCGUGUGAGGCGCGCAGGGCCCAGAUUGGUCCCUCCCGCCCGGUCGCUUCAGAAUCAUUGGGUGACAAUGGAGGGGAGCCCGGGAAUCGGCUGGCGCUCGGGGGCCGACAGUUCGCGGACGCCUCCGAAGAUCCCGCCGGCCAUGGAGGAGCUGCAGAGCCGUUUGCAGGAGACCCUGGACCUUCUAUCCUCGCAGGAGCUGCGCAGCUUCCGCGACCACCUCAAGAAGGUGGAGCCGCGCGUGAGCCAGGUGAAGCUGGAGCUGGAGGGCUGCAGCCCGUCGGGGCUGGCCAGGCUCCUCGCCAAGCAGUACUACCCGCCGGCCGCCGCCAAGCGCGUCCUUGUCCAGGUGCUGGAGCAGCUGCCCCGCGCCGACCUGCUGCCGCGCUGGCAGAGCGCCGCCGCCGACGGCCCGGUGAUUCCACGAAAGAUUCCGAAGAGAAGCUAUGACUGUGUGGAAGGUGAAUUGGACCGUUAUGACCUGAGUGGCAGGCGGAAGGCCUUCCUCAUGUGUGUGAAGAGGAACAGGCCGGGCGCUCACCAGGAUGUCCUACUGAUGGAGGACUGGCUUGGCCAGUGCCAGUUUGAAAAUACGUUGUGCAUCGAUCCUGACAAAAUGGAGUUACUUGGAAAAAUAACAUCAUUUCGAGAUGGACUAAAUGAAAUUAAAGAUGACAUUGGCUGUUGCCUUGUUGCUCUUAUGGCCCACGGAGAAGAAGGCUUUAUCAGAAUGAAAGAUGGUGAAAAAGUUAGCCUGGAAGGCAUUUUUGAAAUGUUUAACAAUAAAAAUUGUCCAGCACUUCAAGAGAAACCAAAAAUCUUUAUAAUCCAGGCCUGCAGAGGAGUUUGCAUUUUCAUUCCUCAAAAAAUAGAGAGAAAAGACAGUGGUGUUGAAACGGAUGAUGAACCCAUGGACUCGGAUGAUGGAUCAGAGAAGAGAAGGCUGCCUACAUUCAGUGAUUAUUUCAUCAUCUAUCCCACCCAGGCAGAUCAUGUGGCUUUACGGGACCCCCGCACCGGCUCUGUGAUGAUCAAAGCAAUGACCGAAGUCUUUAAACAGUAUGGAAAUAAGUGGCACAUUGCUGACUUCUUCACCAAAGAUUCUGGAGGAUUUCUAGGCCAGAGGCUCGUUUCGGGGGGACAGCAGCAGCUGAAAUCUCAACAACUCUUAUUUCCUGGGAGAGGUUGAGUGACUUGGUCAGAGUCACAGCAUGUGGUGAAGCUGGGAUUCCAAAGCAUGAACUAAUUCAAGACAUGAAGUGCCAAGUGAUAGAGAAAAGUUUUAAGACAGAAUGCUUUUGAUGGACAGAAGGGACCAUUCCAUUACCACUUAACUGAUGGAAUGAGGGCUUUGGGACAAAGGAGGGAAAAGUGAUUUUGGAACCCUGCUCAGACCAUUACAGGUAAGGGUCGUGGAGAAAACUGUAGGACAACUGGAUACCAGACAAACAGGUGAAGAGGAGCAAGGAGGAAUUCUGGUUAGAAAGGUAGGUGGCCCAAGAUGAACUUGAUGCCUGGGGCUAGCUAACUGCCCCAUAUUCUCUCAGCUUCAAAUCAGUAGAGACUGUCUUAGCCAUCCAAUGCCAUGUGAAAUAUAGCCCAAAAAACUAGUCUCUGGCACAAUUUUAUAUUUGAAAAAAAAUUUUUAAGCCCAGUUUAUUUAUUUUUUAAAUACAGACCCCAGGAACCAAAGUUUGCAAAAGGAAGGCUCUGAGAUUUUUAUUAAAAAUGUGUAUGAAUAAAAAAUAGUGGAGAAACUUGUGCAGAAGACUAGGAGGCUGAGGUGGGGAGGAGGACAUGUGGCUGGGGAGCUACAGCCCUUUGACACGUGCCUCUUAGGCCAAGGGCGCCUCACCAUGGCUUAUUAUCACUACAGUACGUUUUCACCUUUGGAGUUAACUCACUUCCUUGCCGAAUAUUUUCAUCAUGCAGAUCACGUCUCAAGGACAAAGUUAUUUUGUGGGAAAAAAAUAUUUUGUGGAGAAACAAAACCUAAAUGUAAUUACAGUACCAUUUCCUAGUUGUCAUAAUGGAAGUAUUCUGGAGAUUCUAUGGUGCACAGGGGAGGGAGCUGCUGAGAUAGUUUGGGAGUGCCCCAGAAUGCCCUCCAGAGAAGUCCUGCAGUGAUAGAACACUGUCCCUAAAAGCCAGCCAUUCUUUUUAAGUCUUCCCUUUUUUUUUUUUUUUUGCGAGCCAAAAUGUCUACAGAUAUUUUCAGCAGUUUCUAAGGAUGCUUAAAGCCAUGACUAAAUUUACUCCUUUCCUUGUAGGUCAGCUCUUUAUUUAAAUGCAGUGGGGUUCUGUUUCAGUUUAAAAACCUGUGUUCCUCAUAGAAAAUUUCAAGAAACACUAAAAAAAUGAGGCCAAAAACCUACCCAGUUUCUCUACGUGUAUAUCCGUAGUUCUCACCCUGGCUGCACAUUAAAAUUAUCUAAAUUCUUUUGGUUUGGAGUUGGGCAUAUGUUUAAAAGCUCUCCAAGUGAUUCUAAGCGCAGCCAGGCUUGAAACCUACUGUAUAACUAAUAAUCUGGCUAUUGGUUGGUUGUUUACAAUCAUUUAAUGCCUAGGGCUUCAUUUUUAAAAAUAAUCGCCCUCAUCCUGCAACUCCUUUUUGUAUUUUAAUUAUUUUUCAACAGCUGCAUAGUAUUGGGCGGAAUAAAUAUUAACUAGUAAUGGAUAUUGCAGUUUUUCUACGAGAAAGAAAUUCUCACGCAAACCACCUGUGCAGUCUUUUUUUUUUUCCGGGAAACUUCCCGUAGGAUAACUUUUUAAAAAUCUGAAUUACACACUGCUAACUUGUCCUCCAAGAAACGCAAAAUAAUUUCUCCAGCUUUUGUUUAUCCAAUACAGGCUGGUGUUCAACACCCCUUCCCAUGUGAGGAAACUGCAGCUUAGGUGAAGGACCCGCUCAAGUUGAUAGGUACAGAAGGCUGGCCGAGAGCUCGAAUACAUACGGGCGGGCUGGCUGACUGACUGCCGGGCUGACUUCCGGCCCGCGUCCCUGGUCGCAAACUGCGUGUCCCAACCGGCCCGCCCACUUUCCGCCAUU